GUAAACGCCAGGAGUUGUGUUAUAUGGGAAUCAGCCACGAGUUGGUUAAUCAGUGUUUAACAUAUAUAACAAGCGAACGAAAUAUUCAAUUAAAAACGCUUCGUUUACUACUAAUUAUCAAUAUUAUUAUGUUUUCGCCAAUUAUUAUAUUAUUUUAUUUUCAUUUCAAUCAAAUCCAAGGCUCACCACAAGAAUUGCGAGAAUCAAAUCUGACAUUUCAAACGGCACUCGAUGUCGACAAUCACUUCCGACUGUUUUGGACCGUCGAUUACGAGACACAGAGCGUCACACUUGAGGUCCGAUGUAUUCUGGAUCGGAUGUACGACUGGUUCGCCAUCGGGUUCUCCGAUUACGGCUCAAUUGGUAACUCAGAUUUGUGUAUAUUAUGGACGGAUAGGAAACAUAAGAUUCAUUUUCAGGACAUCCACACCGACAACAAUAGUUUUGUCUUCACUGACGAUGAGUCCAAUGAUUGUCGUCUAUUGAAUGUAAGACGAAAGGCUAAAUUAUUGAGAUAUGCCUUUCAUCGGGACUUUGAUACCUGCGAUCCCAACGAUUAUAUCAUUGAAGAGGGCACAACACAUAUAGUGUACGCGACGGGAAGGGGUCCCAUAUCUAGAGUGGACGGUAUAAGACUUAUAGACCACAAACAUGGCUUCCAAAGGGUUCAACUGUUGAAAUUGUUGGAAGUGUUGCCAAAAUUGGCUUCAAACACAAAAAUGGUUGACUUUGUUAACAGUGAAGUCAAUGUACCCGAUGUUGAGACCACAUACUGGUGCCGACGACACGCUUUACCGCCGGAACUCAAAAACAAACACCACGUCAUACAGUAUGAGGCGGUUAUACAAGAAGGCAACGAAGCACUGGUGCAUCACAUGGAACUGUUCCACUGCGAGGUGUCUGGCGAUCAAGAAUUACCCGAAUGGAAUGGCGCCUGUUUUGCGCCAGAAAAACCUAAAAUAUUAGAAAAUUGCAAACGUGUAAUCGCUGCCUGGGCUAUGGGCGCCGGGGCGGGACUACCGAUUGGAGGCAAUAAUUAUUCACUUUAUGUGAUGCUUGAGAUUCACUACAAUAACGUAGAGCUCAAAAACGAUUGGAUCGACAGCUCCGGCAUUCGGCUCUACUAUACCGAUAAGUUGCGACAACACGACGCCGGAGUCCUGGAGAUCGGUCUCGAGUACACCGACAAGAACUCCAUUCCUCCGCAUCAGCAGUCGUUUCAAUUGUCCGGCUAUUGUACGUCUGAGUGCACGCGAGCGUCGCUACCACCCUAUGGUAUCACUAUAUUCGCGUCACAACUCCACACCCAUCUGACGGGUGCCCGUGUUUGGACACAACACCUGAGGGGUGGCGUCGAGUUGCCCGAAGUGAACCGCGACAACCAUUACAGUCAACACUUUCAGGAGAUUAGAAAACUCAAACAUCCGGUAAAUGUAUUUCCCGGCGAUGUAUUGAUCAAUACAUGCGAUUAUCAGACCAUUGGCCGCACAAAUAUAACGCUCGGCGGGUUUGCCAUCAGCGACGAGAUGUGUGUUAAUUAUAUCCAUUAUUAUCCAAAGUCCAAUCUGGAAGUCUGCAAGAGUUCGGUCGACACACAGUAUCUGCGCUCGUAUUUCGAGUACAUGAGAGAAAGAGAGGGUCAGUCGACGUCGGCUAACGCUAGUGUCAAACAGAACUACCUGUCCAUUGAGUGGAACCCCAAUAGAGCCCUAUUCCUCGACCGUUUCUACCAUUCAUCCCCUCUGUCUAUGCAAUGCAAUCAGUCAUCCGGCGAUCGCUUCCCGGGUUAUUGGAAUGGUAUACCUGUCCCGGAGAUACACUUCCCAUUGAAGACAAGUAAAAGAAAUUGUAGCAAAACUUAA